GAAGCCGGCUGUGUAGCGCACGACGUCGAAAGCGAACUGCUGUGCCAGUGGCAACUGGCCGACAAAGUACCCUACUUCAACGCCGGUAUCUACCUCGAGAACAAACGCAAAAUUGGCAAAGUGGACGAGAUUCUGGGGAAAGUCAACAAUAUAUUUGUGACCAUCAAAAUGGAUCCGGGUAUCUUGUCCAGUAGCUUUCAACCGAAGGAUUUGCUAUACAUUGGGACGGACAAACUGUUGCCGAUAUCUCGAUUUACCAGU